CCACGUGCCAGUCCCAGGGUUCCCAGCUCGAGCGCGAGCGGAGGGCUCCCGAGCAUUCCAGCUUGCCAGCCGACCGCCACUCCGCAGGCGAGCAUCCCUAUCCCAGGACCUGCCCCUCGCCCAGCCCUCGAGCGCGUGGCAAGAAGGCGCGUCCGCAUCCAUGCCCCAGCCCGGGGAGCACAAGGCGUUCGCAGACCCAGGCGUGUGACGAGAGGCUGAGCGCGUGGCACCAGCGUCGUGCCCCGCUGAACCAGACGCGGGAGGAGAGGGGCGCGCUCCAGCUCUUCCAGCAGUGCGCUGGGCGGGGCGCGGCUGGGUGGGUUGGGGGGGGGGGCGGCCACCCGCCGGGAGCAGCGGAGGAGCAGGCGCGCUGCGGCCCGGAGGGAGGGCACCGUUAAAGCUUUGCCAUCAAUUGUGAGCCCAGUGAGUCCGUCCUAAGCUAACACACUAACGCUACAGCCUCCCUCACGCCCCCCAAACCACCGAAGGCGGCGACACCUGAUCUAGCGCACAAACACGGGUCCCUUCUGUCCCCGGAUACAAUUACGCGGCAGACACACUCAAACUCACGCGCAGCAGCCAAGAUCCGAGCGAUGAAGUCUUACACUCCGUAUUUCGUGCUCCUGUGGAGUGCGGUUGGGAUAGCGAAGGCUGCCAAAAUCAUCAUCGUGCCGCCAAUUAUGUUUGAAAGCCAUAUGUACAUUUUCAAGACACUAGCCUCAGCCUUGCACGAGAGAGGCCACCGUACAGUGUUUCUUCUCUCUGAAGGCAGAGACAUCGCGCCAUCUAAUCAUUACAGCCUCCAGCGCUACCCAGGGAUUUUUAACAGUACCACCUCGGAUGCUUUCCUGCAGUCCAAAAUGCGGAAUAUUUUCUCUGGGAGAUUGACAGCAAUCGAACUGUUUGACAUACUGGAUCACUAUACUAAGAACUGUGAUAUGAUGGUUGGCAACCGUGCCCUGAUUCAGGGUCUAAAAAAGGAAAAGUUUGACCUGCUGCUGGUGGACCCUAAUGACAUGUGUGGAUUUGUGAUAGCUCAUCUUUUAGGGGUUAAAUAUGCUGUAUUUUCAACUGGCCUUUGGUAUCCUGCUGAAGUGGGUGCUCCUGCCCCAUUAGCUUACGUCCCGGAAUUUAACUCACUCCUCACAGACCACAUGAACUUGCUGCAAAGGAUGAAAAAUACCGGCGUUUACCUCAUUUCCAGAUUAGGGGUCAGCUUUCUGGUUCUUCCCAAGUAUGAAAGGAUAAUGCAGAAGUACAACCUGCUGCCGGAGAAGUCCAUGUAUGACUUGGUCCAUGGCUCCAGUCUGUGGAUGCUGUGUACAGAUGUAGCACUGGAGUUCCCGAGACCCACUCUGCCUAAUGUUGUGUAUGUAGGAGGAAUCCUAACCAAACCGGCCAGCCCACUACCAGAAGAUCUGCAAAUGUGGGUAAAUGGUGCUAAUGAACAUGGCUUUGUCCUGGUGUCUUUCGGAGCUGGUGUCAAGUAUCUUUCAGAAGACAUUGCUAACAAACUGGCUGGAGCUCUGGGGAGAUUGCCCCAAAAAGUGAUUUGGAGGUUUUCUGGAACCAAACCAAAGAAUCUAGGAAACAACACUAAGCUCAUAGAAUGGUUGCCACAAAAUGACUUGCUUGGGCAUUCCAAUAUUAAAGCCUUCCUGAGCCAUGGUGGUUUGAAUAGUAUUUUUGAAACUAUGUAUCAUGGUGUACCUGUGGUGGGAAUCCCACUCUUUGGAGACCACUAUGAUACUAUGACCCGGGUCCAGGCAAAAGGCAUGGGGAUAUUGCUAGAAUGGAAGACAGUUACUGAAGGAGAGCUAUAUGAAGCACUGGUGAAAGUUAUCAAUAAUCCCAGCUACCGUCAGAGGGCCCAGAAGCUUUCAGAAAUCCACAAGGAUCAACCUGGUCACCCUGUCAAUCGGACUGUCUAUUGGAUAGAUUACAUUCUUCGUCACAAUGGAGCCCAUCACCUACGUGCCGCUGUCCAUCAAAUCUCUUUCUGUCAGUAUUUUUUACUGGAUAUUGCCUUUGUGCUUUUGCUUGGUGCUGCCUUGUUCUAUUUCUUCUUGUCCUGCGUGACAAAAUUUAUCUACAGAAAAAUCAAAAGUUUGUGGUCUAGAAAUAAGCAUAGCACAGUUAAUGGACAUUACCAUAAUGGAAUCCUCAAUGGCAAGUACAAAAGAAAUGGCCAUAUUAAACAUGAAAAGAAGGUGAAAUGAGCCAACAGCCUACAUGAUAGUAACCAACCUGUUCAGUCACUGGAUUUUUACUGCUAUAAUUUAGUCUAACAACUACUAAAAGUAAAAUGUCAGUAAACAAUUCUAACACUCCCUUAUUGGAUCUUACUAACAGAAUUCUGUGGAAUUAAGAUGGCUGUAAAAAGCACAAACCUAAAAUGCAAAAAUGUAUUUUAUUUGAAUACUGAUAUAGAGAGUUUGGGCACUGAACCUUUUAGAAGCCUUAAUUAUUUAAAUCAAUUAAGUGACCAUGUCAGACCUUAGUUUUGAAUCUUGAUAUGUGUGUGUCCCAGAAGAGGAAUUGUUUCUUUUCUCUUAAAAAGAUUUGUUUGUGUGUAUGUGUGUAUGGGUGUAUGUUUCCUAAUUAAGGGAAUUUUUAGCUGGCUCCUUGAUAUAUUUGUUGAAGGUACAACACAUUCAAGAAUGAAAUAGAAAGACAGGAUCCAAAUGUUUCUUUUCUAGAAUUUAAUAUAUGUGAACUCAGAACACUACCAUGAAAGAACACUUUUCCCUCAAAACUGAAUGCAGUAGGAGAAAAUGAAAAGAUAAAUGGCACCUUUUUUGUACUUCUUGGUUCGUUUGUUUGUGAUAGUUUUUUGUUUUGUUUUGCUUUUUAUUUUUGUUUUCCUUUUCUUACAGACCGUGGGCACUUCUGGGGGAAAAAUACAUGCAAUUAAGUACAUGUAUAAGUUGGUUGUCCCAUUUUACUUUUAUUUUCCCCUUACCAAUAAUUUGUCUCUAGAAGAAUUUUAUAGUCCUUUCUAUUUCAUUUUAGUGAAUAACAUUAUGUUAAAUGCAUAAUUCAGACAAAGCAACAAAGCUCUGACUUUUGUUCAAAGUACUGAAGAUUAUUGCUUUUAUGGCAUCUUUAAACAGGGCUGUUUGAAUGUUUUUGUAACCGAUGGCUUUUUUUAUAAUGUACCUUUUGAAUGUUCAGGUGUUAAGAUUUCCAAAGUUUUAACUUUAAAAAACGAUCUUCUUCAUCCCUUUUGUUGUCUGGGCCACACAAUCUAUAUUUAACAUAGGUGCCAACAGUUAAUUAAGUGGAGCAUUUACAGUUCUCUAUACUGGUACCUACUUUGAGAAGUUUGAGAUCUCGUUAACAAAUCAAACUUUACAUAUUACGCAGAAGUGACGGAGAAAUUGUAUCACUUGUUUAUGAAAAUGAGUUUCUGUUUCCCUCUUCACUUCUUCACCACCCCACCUCACCCCACCUCAGUAGUGUUUUCCAGUCAUUGUGGCUGACAUGGAACAGUGACAGUAUUCAUUUGAGGAUAGGGAUGCAAGUCACACACAUAAAAUCAGGACCUCCUGGCUGACCAUUCACUAGUUGGCAACUAUGAGUUUAUUCCAUGUCAUUCUGUUUACCUAGCAUUUGCACUACACAUGUUGAGUGUAUGCUUUAUUUAUUCGUAGCUUGAAAUCCCAUGGCUGACAGCUGAGAGUAGAAAUAUACAUUUACCUAAUGACAUUCACUAACAUGGGAAGAGUUGUGAAAAUUCUAGAAUGCUGUAAAUCCUUGUCAUACACUAUGACAUACAACUUCAUUGCACUCCCACCAGGAGCCACUCUCCUGUACUUAGAAAUAAUGUCACAAGUAGUUUUCUAAUGUACAAUGCAGACAAACGUACUGCUCUCUGAAUACUUGAAGAAAUGGUAUUAUACAUAUAAGCCUAUUAGUUAUACCUUUUCACAAUCUUAUCAUUAUGUUGCCGUUAAAAGGGAAAAAAGGCACAGGCGAUGAAUGGUGGGAUGGCAACAGGCUUAGAGUGUAUGAAUGAGUUGAUUUUACUUUUUUGGAAUUGGAUGAAGUUGACAGUAGGCACUCACUGGAUGAUUAAGCAUAAAUUAAUCUCCACUGUGAUAAAAACUUAAUAAACAUGAUUUAAAAAUAGAGAAAUGUUGUUGGAAUAAAAUUUUUAUUCAGAUUUUAUUUCACAAUAUUAUGUAUAUCCAUUAUAAACAUGUUUCUAAGACAUGUCUCCCAACUUUUAUAUGUGUAUAUGCGUGUAAAAAACAGUAUGUUACCUGUGGGAAUAUUUUUAUUAUUAUUAAACAGAGGGAUUUACCUUAUAAGUACAUCAACAUGGAUCUUAAAAUGAUCCCAGAAUUAAAAAUGUUAAGUGUAGGUAUUUACUGAUCACUGUUGUUGGUUUUUUGUUUUUUGUUUUUUUUCUAGAAAGCUUAUUGUUAGCCAGUUUUUGGUAAAUAGAGUGAUUUUAAAUUUUCCACAUUUGGGCUAGAUUCUCUAAUAAAGUAAAGUUUUCAAGAAGGUA